AACGGCAACUAAAUUAAAAUUAAAAAUCAUUUUGGAGAUGGAGGGGUUUGUGUCAAAUUUGGAGGUGUGCAACUUUGCCUACACGGGACAGUUUGAAAAAUUAAAGCAAAGCAUUUUGUCUGAUAAAACACUCGCUUGUAAAACAGACCAGGACCAUCGAACUGUUCUGCACUGGGCUUGUUCUGCUGGUCACACGGACAUCGUGGAAUUCCUUUUGGAACUGGGAGUGGAAGUGAACAUACAAGACGACGCUUGUUGGACCCCUCUCCACAUUGCAGCAUCUGCAGGCAGAGAAGACAUUGUGAGAGCUUUGAUAUGCAAAGGAGCUCAGCUGAACUCUGUUAAUCAGAAUGGCUGCACUCCUCUGCAUUAUGCUGCCUCUAAAGACAGAUACGAGAUCGCCCAGUUGUUGUUGGAAAACGGAGCAGACCCCAAUGCCACAGACAAGCUGGAGUCCACUCCCCUUCACCGGGCGUCCGCUAAAGGCAACUACCGCUUGAUCCAGCUGCUUCUUAAACAGAAUGCAUCCACUAACAUCCAGGACUCACAGGGCAACACACCGCUACACCUGGCAUGUGAUGAGGAACGUGUGGAGGCAGCCAAGUUACUGGUGGAACACGGAGCAAGUAUCUACAUUGAGAAUAAAGAGGAAAAAACGCCUCUGCAGAUAGCCAAGGGAGGUCUGGGCACCAAACUUCGACGGAUUGUGGAAGGAUGAUGCAUAUGCUGAUCUGCAAGGCUGGAAUCCACUCUUUCAUCACUUUACAUAAACAGGAUUUUCAUCCUCAUCCUCCUGAAUUGACCCAUUUCAAACUGACUAUUGCAAGAUCUAAAUGGCCGUCAGGAACGUUAGACCGAACUGGAUCUUUACAGCUCCUCAGGUGGAAAAUGUUCAGACUUUAAGGGUUGGAUCACUUUCUCCUGCAGUAACCACAUUCUGGUCGUAAAGGACUACAUUUAGGUAUGCAAAGAUUACGUCUGUCAUAAUUGCCAAAUAAAAAUGGUAAAAUUUUGU